CACGCAGGCGCGAGGAAGGGGAGGCCAAAACGAACGUGCGGUUACGUGAAAGUGACCAAGUGCGAGCGGGGACUAAACAAAAGGCAGCCAGCCGACCACGCCAUCCUCCUUCCAAAUUAAGUACCCCGUCACUCCACUCCACACACUCCCGUCCCAAUCACCUCUCCCUUUCUCCCCCCUGUCUCCCGCACCACCACCAUGGCCGCCGCUCACCUCCUCCUCCUCCCAGUCCUCCUCGCGCUCCUCGUCGGCGCCAAUGCCGCCGACCCGGCGCCGGCCACCAUCGUGCUCAAGGACGGCACCACCUGCACCCUCUGCGCGUCCUGCGACAACCCCUGCAACCCCUCCUACUACCCGCCGCCGUCCCCGCCCCCGGCGCCCGUCACCACGCCUUGCCCGCCCCCGCCCUCCUACCCCGCCCCCUCCGGCGGCGGCGGCGGAGGAGGCGGUGGCGGCGGCCCCAUCGUCUACUCGUCCCCGCCCCCUCCUGCGUCCACCGGAGGUGGCUUCUACUACCCGCCGCCCACCGGCGGGUCCCCGGGCGGCGGGGGCGGCAACAACGGCGCCUCCCAGCAGGGCGGCGGAGGCGGAGGCGGCGCCUACCCGACCCCGCCGCCGCCCAACCCGUUCCUGCCCUACUUCCCCUUCUACUACUACAGCCCGCCGCCGCCGCACUACUCCGCCGCCUGGUCGCCGGCAGCGACGCUGCUGGCAGUGAUGCUCUCCGGGCUGCUGCUGCUGCUGCUGCAGUGGUAGAUCUGCCGAGUGAGUUAGUGAAUUGUUCCUUCACUUACACUAGAGGUGGUGGGUGGGUGAACUGAACUGGUGACCGAUUCGUCUUGUGUAUUCUAGUAAAUUUUAAUUGUAAUUUUGAUUCCAUUUUAUUUACCCCUUCUUCUUUUCCUUUGUGAUUUAUAUGUGUCGGUCGGUACAAAAACUUCUAGUAAAUUGUACAAGGAGGGCAACAAAGUAAUGAUCUAUAGCAUGACCAUACUCUCUUCUAGAAGAUCUAACUGCUUUGAUCAUGCCAAAGAAUAACCCCUUUUUUUUAAAAAAAAACCCACAAUGAACCUAAAAUAUGCCAAUGAAAAGAAUGAUGGGUUUCCCCAGCUCGCUUGGUGAUUGUUCUGGAAUUUGUCCAUUGAGGUGCUUGCCAGUAGGGAAAGCCGUCCUGUGUUGAUGCCUGUCAGCCUGUGAGAUAAAUAAAAAUUCAGAAGUCCAUGCUUAUUUUUCCC